GUGACUGGUUGCUCGUUAGCACCUGACACACACAAACAAGCUAUCGUCGCUACUACAGUGGCCGGCAUGGAGCUCGUUUUAACAGUAAGUUCUGGGCGACACGCUCGUCUAAAUCACAAUUUGCUACUAUUAAUUAUCCUCCAACUUGGCCUGCACACGGCGGAGGGAGUGUGGCCACUGCCGCAAAGUUUCACCUCCUCGACGGAGCGAUACCCACUGAAUCCCCGGACUUUCUACUUCGGCUACGGAAGACAGUCAGCCACACAGGAGGGCUGCUCUGUGCUGGACGAGGCGUUCAAGAGAUACUUUUCUCUUAUUUUUCCUUCAGCAGAUGGUGUGCUGCGAUUCAGUGUGGAUAAACCAUUUAUCGUCACAGUCUCAGUUGACCACGGUGACUGUGAGAGUUACCCAAACGAGGACUCAUCUGAGAGAUACAGUCUGAGUGUCUCUGCUGGACAGGCAUCUCUGAAGGCAGAUACUGUGUGGGGGGCUCUUAGAGGCCUGGAAUCCUUCAGUCAGUUGGUGUAUCAGGGUGAUUAUGGCACAUAUUUUGUCAAUAAGACUGAGAUCGAAGACUUCCCCCGGUUUCAGUUCAGAGGGAUUUUGUUGGACACCUCGCGUCACUAUUUACCAGUGGGGGCCAUUUUAAAAACUCUGGAUGCAAUGGCCUACAGUAAAUUCAAUGUGUUUCACUGGCACAUUGUGGAUGACCCUUCCUUCCCAUACCAGAGCAGAACCUUUCCAGACCUUUCCAGUAAGGGGGCUUUCCAUCCGAUGACUCACAUCUACACACAGUCAGAUGUGAGGAGAGUGAUCUCACACGCCAGGAUGCGGGGAAUAAGAGUCCUUCCUGAGUUUGAUUCACCAGGCCACACCCAGUCGUGGGGAAAAGGGAAGCCUGACCUGUUGACUCCCUGCUACCGAGGGGGCACCCCAUCGGGAACCUUUGGUCCCGUUAAUCCAAUACUGCCUUCCACCUACGCGUUCAUGACGACCCUGUUCAAGGAAGUGACCUCGUUGUUUCCUGAUUCCUACAUCCAUUUAGGAGGGGACGAGGUUGACUUUACCUGCUGGAGAUCCAACCCCGAUAUCCAAGCGUUCAUGCGUAAGAUGGGAUUUGGAGUAGACUUCACCAAACUGGAAGCGUUCUACAUGGAGAGCAUUGUGAACAUCACUUCGGCUCUCAACAAGACGUCUAUUGUGUGGCAGGAUGUUUUUGACUACCAUGAAAGAAUUCCUAAGGACACAGUGCUGCACAUCUGGAAGGGUGUCCCAGCUAAGUAUCAGGAGGAGCUCAGUAAGAUCACCCAAGCUGGGAAGAGGGUCCUGCUGGCCGCCCCUUGGUACAUCAACCACAUUUCCUAUGGUCAGGACUGGCGCAACUACUACACAGUGCAGCCGCAGAACUUUUCUGGUACUGAGGAACAGAAGAAGCUGGUGAUUGGAGGUGAAGUCUGCAUGUGGGGGGAGUACGUAGAUGCCACCAACCUCAGUCCACGUCUUUGGCCAAGGGCAAGUGCUGCUGCAGAGAGACUGUGGAGUGAUGAGAAGCAGACCACCAGUGUGAAAGAUGCGUUUCCUCGAUUGCAAGACUUCCGAUGCCAGCUCCUGAGGCGUGGCAUCCGGGCUGAGCCUCUUUUUGUCGGCCACUGCAAGUACGAGUACCAAGGUAUCUGAAGAAUCCGGUUGGGUUGACGGCUCACAGUUGCCGUGUGGUGUUUCUAAGAUGGUGUUAAGUCUUUCAAAUUCAAAAUCGGUUUUCAGUUUUCAGUGAAGUGUAUCUACACAUUGUUUUCUCAGGGAUGUGUAUGAUAAUCUACCUUUUGCUUUUUUCAUUUUUGUAAUGACUGUGAAUGAUGAUUUUUGUUUUAUUUUUUAUUCAGAAUAUGCUGCAUAUAUCAAUGUAACGUAAUGUUACAUUUUAUUUAGUGGUUGCAAAAUCAAGAAGAAUUAAUAUGAACAUGAACACUGUCAGUAUGCUGUAGUUGCACUUUUGCACUGAAAUGUAAUAAAAUCAUGGUGGGUUUUUA